UCAGCCUCGAUCAUCAGCAGUUCAACAUAUUCCCGGCGAUUUUCAGCAGGCAGUUGAACUUUUCCGCGGCGGCUGCCGCCAACUGCGGCCAGAACAAACUGAUGGACGAGUUAAGGCCGAAUCUCGGCUUGCUCGGUGUCGGCCUCGUCGAGAACGACACUUUCCACUUGAACCAAGAGAAGAGAAAGUGCAGCAGCACGAGUUCGAACGAGCAAGAUUUCAGUCUUUACGGGGUGCACCAAGGCCUCGAGGCUAGCCCGCCGACACCAGCCGCCACGCCAGGAAGGAGCAGUGUCGGGGCUACUUCCACCGUUGGCGCGGAAGGAGCGUUUAAGAAACUAAAACCUGACCCCUGUGCUUCGAGUCCUCACAUAGGUCAUACGCCAACCACCGCCAGUUGUCCAACACCUGCUCGACGACGGCACAGGACCACAUUUACACAGGAGCAGCUGGCAGAAUUGGAAUCGGCAUUCGCAAAAUCUCAUUAUCCAGACAUAUACUGCAGGGAGGAAUUGGCAAGGUCCACCAAAUUGAACGAAGCUAGAAUUCAGGUGUGGUUUCAAAAUAGAAGAGCAAAAUAUCGGAAGCAAGAAAAACAACUUCAGAAGGCUUUGACUCCAAUUCCUGCUUGUCAAGGUGCUAUGAUGAGGAAUAUAUAUCCUGGUGCUAGCAGAGGUUAUCAACCAUAUCCUCAUCCUCAUAAUAGCAUAAAUGGAAUAAAUCGCUAUCCUCAGAUGGGCACGACGUCCUAUCCAAGUAUGACCCAACCAUUUUCUAUGUCACAUUCAGCGUCAAAUAUGUCUGCAGUUACUGGUAUGAGACAAGAUGCAAUGGGAAUGUCAGCCGAAGAUGAGUGGUAUAACAAAAGUAUUUCCGCUCUGAGAAUGAAUACGGCACAUCAUCCUAACCUCGCUGCGCCGAUGCUACAAUAUCAAACAUAAUUGUAAACGUAUACGAAUGGAUGAUUCGACGAAAUCGUUAUGAGAUAUUAUAUUUGACUGCGUAUCUUCAUUCAGACAAUUGAAAACGUGUUGUCAAGAGAAGAAGAGGAAAAUGUUAUUUCAAAAAUACUAUGAAGCAUUAAAUGUAAGAAAAAAAAAGUGAAACGAAAUCAAAUUAAAUCAUGUGACAUUUUACACAAGAAAAAAAGAACGAAAAAUUCAAAUUUCCAAUAGACACGAAAGUAAAUAAUCGUGUUCCCAUUUUAACGUCUUACCAGGAUUAUUCAUUUAUUAAUAAUGUUAUUGAUAGAAAAAUCAGUCCUGACUAUUGCGUUCAAAUUAACGAGAGAUAUCACCUGACAUUUCAUCAUAAUGUUAACGAUAUUUUGGUAAAGUAACUUUGUUAAUAUCAUUUGAUAUUAUUAAUAAAAAAAAAAUAUAUAUAUAUUAUUCAUGUGCGGCGUUAUGCAUAUACACGCGGAUGAUAUGUAUAUUCCAUUAAAUGUAUGUAUACGCACAUAACACUAUGAUUAUUAGUGAAAAAUGGUUAUGUAUGUACACAAAUUUCUAUUAUUCUGUACAAAGCGUAAUAUAUUUCGAUUAAACUCUUUUGAGUUUUUAAAUUAAAUAAUACAUGUUCUUAGGAUCGUCAUUUUUUUCUAGUAGUAGUAGAAAUGCAUAUUGCCGCGUAAUGCAAUUUUGCAUUAAAAUUUAUUAAGAGAUUAUUCAUAGAAUGCAAUACGAUAUGUAUAUAUUUGUUUUGUUGUUUCUUUUUUGUUUUUAUUUGUUUUUUUAUUCAGGGAUGGAACAUUCGGAAUUUUGAAAUUUUUUUAUGAAAGAAAUCUAGGUAAAUAAUAAUAUAAUUUGUAAAUAAAUUACAACAAUAUCGUGAAGAUAUGAAUAAUAUUUUUAUUUAACUAACAAUUUUUAAAAAUCAAAAUGAUAGCUUUUAUUAUUAGUUAUGAAGUAGGAAUUUAAAGAAUUUAUACAAAAUCAAAAUUUGUUUGUUUUAAAUUUUCUUGAUAAAAUAUAUUAAAUAAAAGAAAGAAAAAAAUAAAAACUUUAAAUUUCGAAAAUUUUGAAAAAUAAUAACAGUUUUAAAUUUGAAUUUAAAAAACUAAAAAUCAGGUUUCAAUCCAUCUCUUAUUUACAUAUGUCUUUUAUGCGCAUUUUAUAUUAAUAAAAAAGAAACAAUGUUUAAAAGAAUGAUUUUUUUUUUAACUUUUCUAUUUCUUUUUUUCUUUCUUCUAUAUGAUAGAUGCUAUGCAUAAUUAUAAUUAAAGUAAUCGAUAUGCACACGUGAAGUGGAACUCGAGAUGCGCACAGUCCAUAUCUUUUUGUUAGUUUCUUAACAACGAUCCAAAACAGUUUCGUUAAAUGAAGGAGAUUGUAAAUAAGGAAGAGAUACAUAUACAGUGUAAUCAACAGAUAUUCUAGCAUAUGCGAUUUUUCAAUGUCCUUUUAAAAAUGUAAGCAUACCUAAACUUAGUGGAAUAUUAGAUAUUGAUUUGUGUGCUUAUGUUGGAUAGAAUUUUAAAUAAUCGGGAUGAGAGAUGAGAAUAACUGAUAAUGUGUCUUGCGUUUGAAAUUUGAGAGACGUCAGGGGUUUGUGAAUAAUUAUACAAAUUUAUAUUUAAGGGUACAUAUUUUGUUUCUGUCAUAUAAUGCUCAAUCAAAUGUACUCUGGAUUCUGAUAAUUUUACAUAAAAAAUUUUGUAUCUUAUAAAAAUAAAAACAAUGUACUUAUAAUAUCAA